GGGGGGGGGGGGGGGGGGGGGGGGGGGGGGGGCCCUCGACGGGGAGCCCUCCGAGGGGAAGGAGACCGCGGCUCAGCUGCCGCUCCCAGCCUGGCGCCAGGGAAAGCAGCCCCAAGCCCCCGACUGAUAGACCCUCGAAAGUCUGUGUUCCGUGGAAGAGAGAUUGGGUAGCUCUAGGGUACGAGAGUAUUUCUACUGGACAAGAGACUCCAAAAUUAGAAGAAUCUGAGAUCUGAGCAAAGAAAAAGUCAACUGUGGUGCUGAAGGAUGGUGCUGUAGGAAGGAUUCUUUUCAAGGGGCGGCAAAGCCUGGGGUCAUACGCGCUUAGAUCUGGAGGGGACUUUAGAGCCUGACCCGUUAUUUUAAGAAGAUACUGCUGGGUAGAAAUUUCAAAUCGGGGGGUGGGGGGGGGGGAAAGAAAGAGCCUAAACUUAAGGCAGCAGAGGAUGAGACUUUUGGAGAUCCAGGAGGGUUGAGGUUUUCCUUUGACCACGCGGAAACAAGAAAUCUCCUCCCUACCUCUUGUCACCAAGUGCCAGAAAUACUGAGAACACUGGAACUAGGGAGGGGGAGAGAAGGAGGAUCUGAAACUGGGCAGCAAAAACAAACGGGCUUGGGGAAGAGGCAAUAUUCAAGAACCGCAGCACGUUGGUCUUUGGAAGACAUCUGGUGGGGAAUGAACUCUGGACGAGACUACUGACUUGCCCUCUAAGAGACAAAGUCACCCUAAAACUUUUGGUCUAAGGCUUUUUUUUCCUUUUUUUCUUUUUUUCUUUCUUUCUUUUUCUUUUCUUUUCUUUUUUUUUUUUUAAGCAUGCCACGGGUCUGAAGAGAAAACCAAACAAAUAAACAGUUCUUGGAAAGCGAGUACUACCAUGGGCAGCGCCAGGAAUCCCGGUUCAGACCGACAUUAGCAUAAGGCAUCGGACCAUACCCUCACGUUGUAAAAACAAAUCCUUUUUCAUCACUGGGCUGCCUGCCCUUUCCAUCAGUUAUCUCCCGCCCCACUCCUUUCCUGUUACCACAGCAGUUUGGAAAGAACCUGAUUGGGCAGAUUUUCCUUAGGGACCUUGCCAGCCAUGGCAAGUCAGGGCUGUGGCUGCUGUUGGACUGCUGGGCACCUGAACCUGGACAACGUUAGAUUCUUGAUACUGGCUAUCUUGAUUGUCCUAUACAUGGUGUGUGGGGCAGCUGUCUUCUCGGCGAUCGAGAGAGCUAAUGAGUGCAGGGGAAAGGAAUUGUGGAGGGAGAAGUUACUAAACUUUAGCCUGACUCACAAUCUGAGCCUCGAUGUGCUUGGAGAUUUUCUCCGGAAUUAUGAGGAGGCCAAGUCUGCUGGAAUCCGAAUUGAUGACAGCCGGCCCCGGUGGGACUUUACUGGUGCUUUCUAUUUUGUAGGCACUGUGGUUUCCACUAUAGGUUUUGGGAUGACUGCACCAGCCACCGUGGAAGGCAAAGUUUUUCUGAUAUUCUAUGGUCUCAUUGGCUGCUCGGGAACGAUCCUGUUCUUCAACCUCUUCUUGGAGCGCUUGAUUACGGUCAUCACCUACGUCAUGAGGUUAUUCCAGGAGACGCAGAUCAGAAAGAGGGAACUGCUGCCAGCCGACAAGCUGAGGACCUCGGGCAUCUCGGAGCAGGAGAACACGGGGCCCUGGAAGCCCUCGGUGUACUACGUCAUGCUGAUCCUGUGCGUGGCCUCCCUCAUCAUCUCGUGCUGUGCCUCGGCCAUGUACACUCCCGUGGAGGGCUGGACCUACUUUGAUUCUUUUUAUUUCUGCUUCGUGGCCUUCAGCACCAUUGGCUUUGGUGACCUGGUCAGCAGCCAGAACGCCCAGUACAGCAGCCAGGAGCUCUACCGCUUCGGCAACUUCGUCUUCAUCCUGCUGGGCGUCUGCUGCAUUUACUCCUUGUUCAACGUGAUAUCCAUCCUCAUUAAGCAGUUUAUUAACUGGAUGGUGUGGGAGAUUGAAUUCUACUUUUUCCGGUGCCAGAGAAAAGCUUUAUUCUUUCGGAGAAACGCAGUCACUCCCAGCAUUAUGCGGAACGGGCAGGAAAUCUCCAUUGAGACGGAUGGUGUGAUUGAGAGUGAAACGGACGAGCACCGUCCCCCCGGAGAGACGGCCUCCGUGAAGGACUUCAAGGGCUCGCUGGCCACGCCGCAGAAGCCGCCCUCCGAGGCGGCCAACGGAGGGCCCCGAAAGCCCCCCGGCACGGCCCUGCACACGGGAUUUUCGGGCGGGGUGGGAGCCCUGGGAAUCAUGAACAACAGGCUGGUGGAAACGAGUGGGAAGAGAUAGAGAGGCUGGAAGCCAAGGGAGAGGGCAAGGACCCGAAGAGUCCUUGUCAUCCCCGGGGCCAAGUAGACAGAGAAGGACUGUCUGCCCUCAGAGGCCUUGGCAACAGCUCCCUAACCUUGGUUCCAGUUUUACAUCGUCCGCCUUGGCCCUCAGCAGAACUUUAUUCCCUCACGUAACUGCCUCCCAAGGGACUGUGUUGAAUGAUAUAACAUCCUGUUUCUGUUGUCCUUCCCCCUCCCCCCCCCCUUAUAUAUCUAUAUUCCUUAAAUCUGAGACCAGCUCUAAAAAAUAAUCACAGAGAAGAUUAAACUUUCUUCUUCUGGGUCAGCUAAUGCCUUAAAAUUGCCUUAUAUUUGUACAGUGCUUUACACUUUGCAAAGUGAGUUUCUAUUUAUAGUAUCCCAUUUGAACCUCACAAAUGGGUAGACCUUGGAGAUAUGCAGGGCCAGGAUUACCAAUCCCCACUUUUUAAAAAACAGACCAAAUUUACACAGCUGUAAUAAGAAGCAGAGAUGAAACUACCACUGUGACUCCAGGUUAGCUUUUCUGUGGAAUAUUCAGUAUCAUACAGAAAUGGGCCAGUUCCAUUGGGGAAGAGGAAAGGGAUGGGAAAGUUGCAUGUUUUAAGGCUUAAUUUCUGCUAUUUGUAUCCUUCAGAUGGAAGGAGGAUUUUUAUUCCUGCUUUGCAACUUAAGAGUUGCUGACCUGUUAACAAAUGUUAAAACUAUCUCCAUUCUAGGUCUUCUUUAUUAGCUCACUGGUUAAUCUCCAGCUCUUCUUCCCUCCCUCCUCAGUCUUAUCUGAACUAUAUAAUUCAUACUCUUUUUUGAAAGGGAAUUGUUGCUACUUAGAACUGGAAGCUGACAGAGCAGCAUUUCCAAGUCUAGGACAAAGAAAAAAAAACAUUUAUUUUGUAUAGUUGGGUUUUGAUGUUUUGGUUUAUUUAAUGGUGUUUUCUCCUAUAGGGUUGCUAGCCAACUAAGUGAGAAUUGACAAGACAGCAGAUUCCAUGUCAGGCUUUUAAAUUGAAAUGAAAAAACAAAAACAAAACACUUCUCUGUUUCAGCUUGACUGCCUCCUUCCUAGCUCACACAGCUCCAGUCCUUCUAUUACAAAGACUGGGGAUUGAUUAGAAUGCAUGCUGAAAGAAUCCAUUUUACUUAGUAAAAUUAGCUGAGCACAUUAGGGAUGCAAAGAGAAAACCUGGAUGAGAGAGAGAGAGAACAAUUCAUUGUAGGCAGAUAAACAAGCUGAGGUGACAUUCACCUGAUGUCUUUAAAAGCCAUUCAACAUCAUGUCUAAGUAUUUGCAGAAGGACUCCUGCAAGGUAAAUAAAGGAAAUGAGGCUGGGCCAUUUCUCAUGCUUUUCAUGCUUUGGUCUCUCUAUACAUCAUCUCAGAGCUGUUUCUCAACGUUGCCAGAAAUGAGAAAAAAUUCCAAAGAACCUCUUUCUUCAAUUUUUCCUUUUUUUAAUAUUAAAACCACCUCAUUUCUGGAUAGGGUUUGCAAGCCUAAGGGAGGGAAAGGAAGGAGAAAGAAAGGGAAGAAGGGGAAGGAGGAAGCAAGAAGGGAAGAAACAAUGAAGGAAGGAGAAAGACAGUGAAAA